CUGCGCAAUAAGCUGCUGAACUAUGUCAAGAAUCUUUGUGGAAAGAAGAGAAUAGCUGCCACACAUCUGUUUGUUUUUAUGAUUGCUGGUGAGUCCUGCAACAUGAAACCAUAUGCUGUCCCUGUGAGAGUCCUUCCAUUCAAGUCUGUCAUAGACAAGAAAGCUAGAGAAUUAGGAGAACUUCGAAAUGCCAUGACAUCGAUGGCAAUGCCAGUUGUUGGAUUUGUAACUGAUGGAGAAUUCAGUUCACUUCGUACCAUGGGAAAUUCCAGACCCAUUUCCAUUAUCCAACUUAUCAGUGAUGCAAGAGCUGAGACCCGUUCCAUGCCCUCUCGCCGCAUAGAAAGUUACUUGAUUUUAGGCAGAGAUGGAAAUCCCAUUGCCCAUCAUCCUUCUAUUCCCCUGGAAGAUGUGCUAUGGCUCCAUGAUGUGAUAAACAGUGGUGUUUUCGAAGAUGCUAUUUUCGAACAUGCUAUUUACCUCCUGCAGCGCUGGUUCUUCUGCAUAGUCAUGAUCCACAUUCCUGGAUGCCAGUCAUCCAGGCUCA